CCAUUCCCGGGAGCAGUGAAAAGUCCCCGUACCACGAAGAUGAAUUUCCUGAAACCGAUAGAAGUUCCUCCCAUCCCGACCUACCAUGUGAUGGACUCGGGUGGCUCGAUAGAAGAUUCCAGUCGUGUGCCACCCGAAGUGACCGACGAGCAGGUCCUUGAAUGGUACAAAAACAUGCUAACCGUCAAUAUUAUGGACAACAUCAUGUUUGAGGCCCAAAGACAUGGGCGUGUCAGUUUCUAUAUGGUUUCCGCGGGAGAAGAGGCUGUCACCGUUGGCUCUGCAGCUGCGCUAGACUCGAAAGACGUGAUUACCUGUCAAUAUCGGGAAACCGGAGUCUUCGUGCAGCGCGGCUUUACUCUAAAGGAUUUUAUGAGCCAGUUGACUGCCAAUCAUAACGAUCCCGGAAAGGGACGAAACAUGCCAGUUCAUUACAGUGGAAAGACCAAAGUCAAUGUGCAUGCAGUUGCGUCGACCCUUGCCACACAGAUCCCGCAUGCUACCGGUGCUGCAUACGCACUAAAGAUGGACGCCCUCGAGAACCCCGACCAGCCUGCCCAGAUUGCAGCGUGUUACUUCGGCGAAGGGGCCGCAAGCGAAGGAGAUUUCCAUGCAGCACUCAAUGUGGCUGCAGUGAAGAAGUGCCCAGUCAUUUUCCUUUGCCGUAACAAUGGCUUCGCGAUUUCAACUCCCACCACAGAACAGUAUAUCGGGGAUGGUAUUGCAGUGCGUGGAAUGAGCUAUGGUAUCGAAUCCAUUCGAGUGGACGGAACCGAUAUUUUUGCUGUCUUCGAGGCAACCAAAGAAGCUCGGCGACGAGCUCUGGAGGACGGAGGGCGCCCAAUCCUCCUCGAAUUCAUGAGCUACCGCGUGUCUCACCACAGCACUAGCGAUGAUAGCUUUGCGUACCGCAACCGAAACGACGUGGACUCUUGGAAGGCAAAAAACGAUCCGCUUGCCCGUUUAAGGAAAUGGAUGGAGAGAAAGGGUCUAUGGGAUGCCGAGAAAGAAAAAGAAUCUCGUCAAACAAUCAGAGCUGAUGUUCUGCGGGAACUGGUGGCUGCCGAAAGAGAGAAAAAGCCAGCGCUACGGGGGAUUUUUGACGACGUCUAUUCUGAGCUGACUGAGGAAGCAGAGGAGCAAAAGGAAGAGCUUAGAAGGCUAAUGAUGAGAUAUCCGGAAGAGUAUGAUCUCAAUGAACAUGAAGGGGGGAUUAAGGGACUGUAA